AUGUUCGUGGAAACUUUAGAAUUUCCACAACUAAUAUUAAAAAUAACAAUUAUUACAAAUGUAUCUACCUAUAAUAGUACACCACUGUUUUUCUUGCAGGAAAUCAACUACGACAGCCCUAGAGGCGGAGUAAGCGUCAUCACCGAGAAGGGCGACAACACCGUCAGCUAUUUACUAGUGCAGAGGGCCAGAGACUCAGAUUCUGGAAAAUACACUUGUAAUCCUUCCAACGCUAACCCUAAGACGCUCAUCGUGCAUGUUUUGAAUGACGACGAUAGAACUUACGUACCUCCAAAGAAGAGACACCGCACAUCUAGAUCGAGUUCAUCAUCGUCUUCAAAUUCGUCAUCGUUUUCGAAUUCGUCGUCGUCUUCGAGUUCCAAGUCCUCAACUACCAAACAAAAAAAAAAUAAUAUUAACCAUACCAAUGAGGAGGUGGAAAUUGAUGCCAUCUCUGAUACGCAGGCUAUCUGUGAACAAAGUCUCGAAAACAAUGAGAUUCUUUCUACUGAUUCGAAUUAUCAAAGGGCUAUAAACGUUAAUAUUAAUGAUACCAAUAAGGAGGUGGAAAUUAUGAAUGUCAGUAAUAAUCAACAGAUGCCUGUAACUGGAGGAGCUAUUCUUGACAUCUUUGACACACAGUCUGUUGAGGCUAUCCGUGAACAAAGUCGUCUCAAAAACAAUGAGAUUCUUUCGACUGAUUAG